AUGAGGCCUUUGUUCGAUGGUGACACUGGUGGUGGUGAUGCUGGUGGCCCGCCACUUCUCCCGGAAAAUGACAAUCCCAGAUCCCACCAGGCGCCUCUCACUCCCCGCGGUGGCAGGCCGCAGGCUGACCUCACUUACCUCACUGAGGAAGAAAUCGAAGCAGCCCUCUCCAUACCGGCUGAGACGAAGUUUGGCUUCAGGAAGGAACGCUCAGCGGCGGACGUCAACCUACUGCUGGCCAACGACUGGAGCAACGUCUUGGAUCAAGGAAGACACAUGGCCGUCCUGGCGCUAGAUAUCACUGGGGUGUUUGACCGUGUGUGGCACUCCGUUCUGGUGGAGAGGCUGCGCGCAGUCUGCUGCUUCAGGUGCUGA